UUUGUAACUUGAAGGUGAAACUUUAGCAGACCUUCCACUAUGACUUGUUAUUGUUAUAUAUUGUAAGUAACCUUGGCUUUUUGAUCCUACAUGCACUCACGGGCCAAACUCAGUUAAACUUGUUGCAACUUGUGUUUUAGUGCUUCGUAGUGGUAAUAACUUGUACUACAAAAGACACACUUGUUUGUUUCUUUCUACUUCCCAAAUCUCAUGGUGCCUAAUUAGUAUGUGUUAUUUCUUUUCAUCUAGUUUUUGGUAGUUAUAUUACAUACCCAAUUGGUCUCAAUCUGUGGUAGAAGAUGUUGAGAAUGAAGCAUUCCCAUAUUUUACCUCUAGCAUUUUGUAUAUUUUCCCUUACUUUGUUUCUUUCAGCCCAAGCUAGACAUCAUUCUCAUACAAAGCACAACAAGCACUCGCAUUCUCAUAAGUCAACUAAAACUUCACCACCUCCCCCACCCCAUAACUGCUAUAAUGCAACUGGCAUUUUUGAUGUAACAACAUUUGGGGCAGUUGGAGAUGGAAUUGCAGAUGAUACAGUGUCAUUCAAGAUGGCAUGGGACACUGCAUGCCAAAGUGAAUUACCAGGUAAUGUCAUCCUUGUUCCCAAAGGUUUCUCCUUCAUCAUUCAGUCUACUAUCUUCACAGGUCCUUGUCAAGGUGGCAUAGUAUUCAAGGUGGAAGGCACUCUUAUGCCACCUGAUGGACCUGAAUCUUGGCCUAAGAAUAUCAGCAGGCAUCAAUGGCUGGUUUUUUACAGAAUCAAUGGAAUGUCACUAGAAGGAAGUGGUUUAAUAGAUGGGAGAGGAGAAAAAUGGUGGGACCUUCCAUGUAAACCUCACAGGGGACCUCAUUGGACAACGCUCCCUGGACCUUGUGAUAGCCCAGUUGCCAUAAGGUUUUUCAUGAGUUCAAACUUGACUGUGCAAGGACUUAGGGUGAAGAACAGCCCCCAGUUCAAUUUCAGAUUUGAUGGCUGCAUAAAAGUCCAUGUAGAAUCAAUCUACAUAACAGCUCCAAAACUAAGCCCCAAUACUGAUGGAAUUCACAUAGAAAAUACAAAUGAUGUGAAAAUUUAUAACUCUAUGAUUUCUAAUGGUGAUGACUGUGUGUCCAUUGGAUCCGGCUGCUAUGAUGUUGAUAUAAAGAACAUUACAUGCGGACCAGGUCAUGGAAUUAGCAUUGGUAGUCUGGGAAUUCACAACUCUCGAGCCUGCGUUUCGAACAUUACGGUAAGAGACUCAAUGAUGAAGGGGACGGAUAAUGGGGUUAGAAUCAAGACAUGGCAAGGUGGAUCAGGAUCAGUAUCUGGAGUCAAAUUCAGUAACAUUCGCAUGGUUAAUGUGAGAAAUCCAAUCAUAAUUGACCAAUUCUACUGCAUCACUGAGGGUUGCACCAACAAAACCUCCGCAGUGUUUGUAUCAAACAUCCUUUACACAAACAUCAAGGGAACUUAUGACGUAAGGAGCUUGCCUAUGCGUUUCGCCUGCAGCGACUCUAUUCCGUGCACCCACUUAGCACUCUCAGAUAUUGAACUUCUUCCUGCUGAAGGAGAUAUAGCGCAUGAUCCUUUCUGUUGGAAUGCUUAUGGUGAUUUGCAGACACUAACCAUUCCACCAGUGUCUUGCUUGAUGCAGGGCACUCCUCAGUCCUGGUUAGACCAUGACAUAAAUGGUUGCUGAAUGAUAACUCACUAUGUACAUAAUAAUUAGGGAAUCUUAUGUUGUGAUUGUUGUGGUCUUGUGGAGUUGUGUUUUUUAUGCUUCUCCCAAGUUGUGAGCUAGAAAAAGUUGACUUUUUAUUGCUUGUAUCUUAAGAGUUAAGAGCUGGUUUUUGUAUAUCCACUUAGUAUCUUAAUACCUGAGUCUCAUCCACCUCAUUUGUAUCUCCUUUUCUCUCUUUUUGUAACUUCAUAAUUCUCUGAAUCAAUUAUGACUCAUCAGAAGUUACUUACAUGUGUCUUUGGAUCACCGUUAGUAGAAUUGAAUUUGGUCAGAAUUGAUUUUAGUAAAAUUGCAUAUGUUAAAUGUGAGUUAAAGUGACAUGAUUUAUGUAAGGAUACAUUUACCAAUAAA